UGCAAAAUUCCAUGUUUGAUAUAUUUGUAUAUGCAUAAAUAUUAUGUGCUGAAUAUAGCUUUUGCUAAUGCAAAUUAAGAUCAAUUAACGAUCUUCCUUACUUUCUUUCUUGCUUCUUCUUCUUCUUCGUUUCAUUUGUUGAAGGAAGGGUGUCCCGUAACAAUGGACACCCCUAAAUCUAUCGUAAAUGUAAGCGCAGCCUGUUUCGAUUAUGUUCCGGUUAACUCUCCAGGAAUAUGGAAUAUGCAUGGAGAAUCUAUUCUUCAACAUGCAUUUUUUCGCUUUCAGCUUCAAUUAGUUUCAAUGGUUACAAUUGCCCAUAUCUUCCAUACAUUUCUCAAGCGGUUUCAUUUCCCUCGACUAACUUCAGACGUUCUGGCAGGCCUCAUCAUGGGACCGACAUUUUUCGAACGAUAUUUUCCUAAUAAAGCAAGAUUGUUAUUUCCUCCUGUCCCGAAUCUCGUAUUCGGAUCAUUAUUAAAGAUUGGAUAUAUCUUGUUCAUCUUCUUAGCAGCAGUAAGGUUGGAUACAAGUUGGGUUAAAAAAAUAGGACAACGAGGCUAUAUUCUUGGAGCUUUGAUAUUUCUAUUUCCUUAUACAAUGACAGAAUCAUUACAACUCGUGUUUGAUCCAAAUACAACUUUAACUCCUGUAAUGAUCGUUGUAAGAGAAAAUAAUGCUGAAAUGUAUUUAGCAGCAUUUACUCGAAGCCAAUUUGUGGAUGUUAGUGCUGUUCUAAUGCAUCUAAAGAUCACUAAUUCGAAACUCGGACACCUUGCAUUAGCUUCAACCUUACUCUGUGAUAUUGGAAGGUUUAUUUUCGAUAAUGUUACAUUUUUGAAUAUGAGAGUAGUACAUGCAGCAACAGUAAGAAUUGGAGUUCAAUCUUUUAUACUUAUAACCAUUUAUUUUGCAUUUAUUUUAGUUCUGAUGAGAACUUUGAGUUUCUGGUUCAUUAGAGCAACUCCAGAAGGGAAACAAAUGAAUGGACUUUAUGUGCAAAUUGUGGUAGUAGUUGUGUUGUUUUUGUCUUCAAUUGGUGAUACUAUGGGAGUGAAUUAUCUUUGGGGACCUUUUCUAUUUGGUUUGAUAAUUCCUGCAGGCUCUCCAUUAGCAACAAAUCUAACAUCCAAGCUUGAUACUUUCGUUUAUGGCUUGCUAGUUCCUCUUCUUUCUACUCAUUGUGCUAGCAAAGUUAAUAUCUGGGAGUUGUUAGGUCAUAUGGAAGAUGCUCUCAAUUUUCAAAUGGCCUUAAUUGGCUAUACUUUGCAGUUGAUUGCAACUCUAUUCAUGGUACUGUUUUGUCUUCACAUUUCUUUCAAAGAAGCUGUUGCUCUUUCUCUAAUCUUGAACAUCAAAGGUACCAAAGAGAUGGGAACUUUUUUGAGCUUUACACCCCUGGAGGCUCGAGAUCUUGACAGUACAAGUGGGAUUUUUUUGAUUUUCUUGUUGACAUCUUAUGCGCCUCCUUUAAUUAAACUGCUAUAUGAUCCGACCAAACAUUAUAUUGGAUAUAAGAAGAAGUGCAUCCAGCAUACUCCAUAUGAUGCGCCGCUAGAGAUAUUAGCAUGUGCACAUAAGCAAGAGGAUGCAACAGCUGCAAUUAAGCUACUGGAAUUUUCCAGCCCUGCAAAGCGAUGCUCUUUAACUGUUUAUGGACUCUGCUUAGAAGAACUCAUUGGCUCUGAUAACCCUUUACUCAUUAACCAUCAAUUAGGCCAAAGAAAUAAAGAUCAUGUAUCUCGGUCGCAGUCCAUUAUUGAUAUUUUCAACUACUUCAAAUUGCAGCAUAAAAAUUUAGCUCAGCUGAACAUUUUCACUGCAAUAUCACCUAUCAAACAGAUUUAUCAAGACAUCUGUUGGCUUGCAUUCGACAAGACUUGUUCGUUAAUACUAGUGCCACACCACAAAAGAUGGAACAACAAUGGCAAAUUGGUUUCCAACAAUAAUGACUUCAGGAAAUUGAACAUUAAUGUAUUAGAAAGAGCUCCUUGUUCUGUUGGAAUUCUUAUUGAUCAUCGAAAGACUCAAGGCUUGUCUUCCAUUUUCGAAUCAUCGGAGACAUAUAAUAUUGCUGUACUAUUUAUUGGAGGACCAGAUGAUAGAGAAGCAUUAUCGUAUGCAUUAAGAAUGGCGAAAGGGAAUAAAGUUAAAGUUACAAUUUUUUGCCUUGUUACUACUCAAGGUACAGUGCAUGAUAAUUGGGAGAACAUGCUUGAUAAUGAAUGUUUGAGAAACAUUCGACACGAAAGGAGUGCAAGUAUGAACAUUAACUACGUAGAAAAAACAGUAAGAGAUGGGUCUGAUACAGCAGCUGUAAUUAAUUCAAUUGAAGGAAAAUAUCACCUUGUUAUGGUGGGACGUCGCCAUGAAACUGAUCCACAAGCAAUAUCAGGAUUAUCACAAUGGACCGAGUUGCCGGAGCUGGGGCCAGUAGGUGACCUGCUAGCUUCUCCUGACAAUACUAGUUCAGUUUUAAUUUUAGUGAUACAACAACAAAUCUUAAAAGCAAAUCAUAGCGACAUCUUAAAUAAGUGACGUGAACAUUGGAAAGUUCAAAUCAAGGAAACCCAAGAUCAUUUGUAUUUCACACUUGACAAGGCAAUUAAUUGAUCCUUUUGGGUUUUGAUUCUGCAUUUGGUUCAAGUAAUUGAUCAAAUUGUAGUGUAUUGGAUUGUAUUUUCUAUCUUUAUAAAAAAGAAA